GCCGCCUCCAGAGCCCUCGCGCGUCUGUGAGAGCAGCGACAAUGGACCAAUCUCUGGCUGCCGGCCCUGAGAUGAGGAGAAAUGUUCCCUCAGAGGGGACAGUGUCAUUUGAAGAUGUGGCUGUGAACUUCACGUGGCAGGAGUGGCGUUACCUGAGUGAAGCUCAGAGGACCCUGUACUGGGAUGUGAUGAUGGAGACCUGCAGUCACCUGGUGUCCCUAGGGCACUGUGUUACCGAUCCUGAGGAGAGCAUCAGGUCGGAGCAGGGAUUACAGUCGUGGUCUGUGGACGAUCCCCCAAACCAGGACCUCUCAGAUGUCCAUACUGUGGAUCACCUGACUCAGGACAGCCCUGCAAAUCAGGGCAGACAUGUGUGGCAAGUUCUUACCGCCAGCAGCAAAAUACCAUCCAACGAGAGAGCUGACUUAAUGGAAAAAAGCAAUUUGGACUCAAUUCAUUGUUUGAACCAUAGUAUCAAAAAUGAAAACAAUUCAGCGAUGAUGCCUGAGAACUUUACUAUACAUAGGACCAUGAUGAUCCCUGGUGAGCCUCAUGCAGAGCAUGCUGGAGAGAACGAGGAGGUCUUUAGUAGAAUGAGGGAACCCAUCAAGUAUCCUGAGCACCUUAGUCACCAGGUGAUUCAGAACUUUCAAGAGCCUUUUGAAUUUCGUGAACAAGGAAAAGUUGUGAGUGAAGAAACAAUAUUUACACCUAGAGGAGCCCUUCCAGAAGGGGCUGCCCGUAAAUGCAAUGAGUGCAGGGACACCCAUGAUGAGGUACCUUUCGUUGUCCGAGACAGAACCCAAGGAGAACAGACUCGCUGCAGUUGUAAUGAAAAGGGGAGAGCUGCGGAGAUGACUCCAGUGCAUUUGAAUCCUCCUAGGUAUGUUGAACAUGAGCAUCAGGAAUUUUAUGAAAGUGGGGCCAGUCUCAGCAACACAUUUCACACCUAUCCGCGUGAGAGUACCCAGUUGGGACAGAAUAAUUUUGGAUAUAAGAGAUAUGGUGAAGCGGCCUCUAAAACCUCUGUUCUGACUGAACAUCAGAAAACACAAGCAGAUGAUCAACCUGAUGACUGUGGGGGCACCUCUGAGAUUUCCUUACAGAGGGGAUACCAGAGAAAUCUCACUGCAGUGAAGUUGUUUGGCUCUAACGAUUAUGUGAAAACUUACUCAUGGAAGACUGCCCUCACUUUACAUCCACAAUCUCAAACGGGAGUGAAGCGCUACCCGUGUCAGAUAUGUAAGAAAACUUUCAGGUGGAAAACUACUUUUAGUGUCCAUCAGAGAACUCAUACAAGGGAGAAACCCUAUGAAUGUCAGGCGUGCAGGAAAGUGUUCUCCUGUAAGUCAGUUCUUGUUCUACAUGAGAGGACUCACACUGGAGAGAAAUGCUAUGAAUGUGAAGGGUGUGGGAAAGCUUUUUCCAGGAAGUCUCACCUUACUGAGCAUCAGAGAAUUCACACUGGAGAGAAUCCCUAUGAAUGUCAAGAGCAUACGAAGACGUUCCCCUGGAAAUCAUCCCUCCCUCACCAUCAGAGACGUCACACAGGCGAGAAACCCUAUAAAUGUGAAGGGUGUGGGAAAGCUUUUUCCAGUAAGUCUUACCUCAAUGAGCAUCAGAGAAUUCACACUGGAGAGAAGCCUUAUGAAUGUGAAGAGUGUAGGACGAUUUUCUCCUGCAGAUCAUCCCUCAUUCACCAUCAGAGAAGUCACACUAGAGAGAAACACUAUGAAUGUCAAGCAUGUAGGAAAGUGUUCUCCUGUAAGUUAGUUCUUGUUCUACAUAAGAGGACUCACACUGGAGAGAAACCCAGUGAUUGUGAAGAGUGUGGGAAAGCUUUUUCUAGAAAGUCAUUCCUCAGUCAACAUCAUAGAAGUCACACUGAAGAGAAACCCUAUGAAUGUGAAGGGUGUGGGAAAGCUUUUUCCAGUAAGUCUUACCUCAGGGAGCAUCAGAGAAUUCACACUGGAGAGAAGCCUUAUGAAUGUCAAGAGUGUGGGAAGACAUUCCCCUGGAAAUCAUCCCUCAGUUACCACCAGAGAAGUCACACUGGAGAGAAACCCUAUGAUUGUGAAGGGUGUGGGAAAGCUUUUUCCAGUAAGUUCCUCAAGGAGCAUCAGAGAAUUCACACUGGAGAGAAACCCUAUGAUUGUGAAGGGUGUGGGAAAGCUUUUUCUAGUAAGGCACACCUCAUUAGACAUCAGAGAAUUCACACUGGAGAGAAACCCUAUGAAUGUGAAGGGUGUGGGAAAGCUUUUUCCAGUAAGUCAAACCUCAUUAGACAUCAGAGAAGUCACACUGGAGAGAAACCCUAUGAGUGUCAAGAGUGUGGGAAGACUUUCUGCCAGAAAACAUCCCUCAGUAUACAUCAAAGAAGUCACACUAGAGAGAAGCCUUAUGAGUGUCAAGAGUGUGGGAAAAUUUUUUCCAGUAAGAACACUCUCACUGGACAUCAGAGAUGUCACUGGACAAAAUCCCUAUGAUUGUGAAGAAUGUGGGAAAACUUUUCAGGAAGUCAGCCUUCACUAGGCAUGACAAAAUCCACACUGGAUGGAAAUGCUGUGAAUGUCAAGAGUGGACAGGCAGGCCUCCCCUGGUGGUGCAGGUGGUUGUGCGCAGCACUGUGAAGCUGUCCGUGGCCUUUGCGGUGGGAGUUUGAUUCCCUGGCCGGCCAGGAGCAACCCCAUGGUGCGGCAGACCUCUCCCGUCUGGCCCGCUGCGUGUAUUUCAGCAGUGAAUUUCGGUCAGUCUGCCUGUUCUGUUCCCCGCUCUGUCUCUGGUGCAUCCUCUCACCCUCCCACACAUCUGGCCUGUACCCUGAUUCUGGUAUGCUUGAAUAAAUAAAAUCUUUAAAAAAAUAUUCAAACUUAGGAGCUCAAACCACAUCAUUCAGUUGAGAGCAAUGGGAACUGACAUACAGUUUCACUCCUAAUUGCGUGGAGUUACCUGGUUCACUCUUCUCCCAAGUUCAUGCAGUGAUGAUGUUCCUGUUGCUGUUGCUUCUAGUAUCCUCUUAAGUUCCUGGGCGAUGCUAUUCAUGUCCACGGUAGCUGUCUGUCUACAUGGCACAUUGCAUGUUGCGUGGGUAAGUGAUCUCUCUGGGUUUUCUAACUUAGUCGUCACGUUCUGUCCAGUACUCUAAGUCUCUGUGGUGCC